UGUGAAGUCUUUUCGACUGUGAUGUGAGAGGGAGCUGGAGAGAGGUAAAACAAGUGAUAGAUAUUACUUCUGGAAGACAGUUUAUUCCUCCUCUAAAACUAAAAGAUCGAGUGAAUUAUCUUUUGUUUUCAUCCAGCUGUAAUUUCCCUAAAGUGACAGGAUGAGUUGGUUUCAGAAGUUGUUUGGACACAACCAUGGUGUUGUGAUUGGGAUGCUGCAUGUACCAGCUUUACCAGGCACCCCAUGUCACAAUAUGGCCUUACAAGCAAUUAUCAAGAAAGUAUGUGAAGAAGCCAGAGGGUAUAUGCGAGCUGGGAUUACUGGGCUGAUGUUGGAGAACAUGCAUGAUGUACCAUACAUACAACCUAACCAUGUAGGCCCUGAAAUCACUGCUUCUAUGACAGCCGUAUCCAGUGCUGUCCGUCAGGAGUACCCUGAUAUACCUCUAGGUGUCCAGGUUCUCUCUGCUGCUAACAAACAGGCUCUAGCUGUCGCACUUGCUGCAGGAUUAGAUUUCAUCCGUGCGGAGGGCUUCGUAUUCAGCCAUGUUGGAGAUGAAGGAUUUCAGAAUGCUUGUGCAGGAGAGUUACUCAGAUAUCGGAAACAAAUAGGAGCAGAUCACAUCAAGAUCCUCACAGAUAUAAAGAAAAAACACAGUUCCCAUGCGAUCACAUCUGAUGUGAGUAUAGCCGAGACGGCCAAGGCUGCAGAAUUCUUCUUGAGUGAUGGAGUGAUUGUAACAGGAACCAGUACAGGCAUUCCAACCAGCCCUCAAGAUAUACAAGAAGUGAGAGAGGCAGUGAGUCUUCCUGUAGUGAUUGGAUCGGGGGUCACUGUGGAUAACCUUCAUGAGAGCAGAGCUAUGCUACAUGCUAAUGGAUGCAUUGUGGGAUCACAUUUCAAACAUGGCGGACACUGGCAGAACAAUGUGGACUUUGAAAGGGUCAAAUGUUUCAUGGACGAAGCAAAAACAUUGCAAACAUAGACAGUGUCAUAGAUGGUGCACAUGGACUGAACAAGGGCCCGGAAUAAGUGUGAGUGUUGGAUCUUUCAGAUUCUUCUUGGUGUUGGAUGUGACCUAAGCCAAUGUUUGAAAGUGAUCAAAGGUUACAGUACUGCUCAUGAAAUAAUUCCAUUGGCUUAACAAGGAUGGCAGCUGUUGAAAACCUUGCAUGAAAUAACAUUAGUUGGGUUCAAUGGAUAUGCAUGUAUAUACCAAAAUCAAAUGGUAUUCAAAGGAAAAAGAUCCACCUGGACCAGCUGUUAGGAUGUAGAUGUCCCAUUUGCGAUUUAAAGUUUGGUGAGCUUAUAUAUCUCUUUGGAUCUUGUUACUUGGGGUGCAUUCUUAAUUAAUGACCCAAAAUCCAGCAAAAUAUCAAGUGAACAGCAGUCACAGUACAGUGCCAUAACUUGUACCAUGUGAAAAUCAUUCCAUCAGCAGCUCGCCCAUUGGAAACCUACACUAGGAUGAAUCACUGUGAUGUUAUUAUAAUGGUUGAUGUUGCAACAAAUGUGGAGAAUGCAAUAAUAGUGCCUUUGAAGUGAUCUGUACACUUGCUAUAUUAAACAAAGCCAGGUGAGGUUUCUAUGUACAGCUGGAACCAACAGGGCACUGUAUUCCCCAGAUAGCCUACAUGGCAACAUUCUAGAAGACAAACAAGACAUCUACAAAAUUAGUUGUAAUUACUAUGGAGAGCUGUGACAGGUGCAUGACCCUCUUUGAAUUUAGAUUUUCCAAAUUGAUGUGUAAUUGCUUGGUCAUUCAGACAAGAUACAGUCCCAUUUGACAGUGACUGCCACACAUGAUGAUAUGGGAAUAGAGGUUAGAAAUGGUUAAAACAGACAGGAAAGACAUACAUGAGUGAGAAGUAUGGAAAUUGUGGAAUUGGGAUUCAUUCUUAAUUUUAUUUGGUCACUGGCCCUCAAUAUGACUUGUUGAGCUAGGGUCAAGAUAUGCAAUUUUAAUUUUAUGUUUGAACUGUACAUUAUAUGGUAUAUAGUUUUCUAUUAUCCAGACUAUAAAUGAAUGGGAUAUUCCAGCAAACAUCCCAUUUUGCUUAGGUUCUAAAUGAUAAUUAUGAAAUACAUUUACUUUUAAACUGAACUUUUGAUAAUUGACUUAACUGAUGUAUUUUGUUAUACAGAUGAACAUGAAAAUAUAUACUUGCUCAUAGACACAGAAAACACCAUUUGGUCAAUUUGUGUUUAUGUCUACUGUAAGACCAGAAAGGAAAUAUUUAAACUUCAAUUAUAAUUAUGGGAACCCAGAACAAAAAGAUAACUUAGCAAUUGAUUGCUGUAUAAACUUGAUCACUAUGUACAAUUCAUUGCUAAGCUUUAUGUCAAGGGGCCCUGGAAUUGAAAAAAUAUGCUAGAAAAGGGGUGCUAACUAAGUGAAUGCAUUCUGGGACUGAUUCUUAAUUUGCAUAGAUGUACACAUCAAUGAGCUUAAAAGUUGUACACUACGCCCAUAUUUUGUGUGAAUUUUGGGCAAAUAAGUGUUAUUUGAAUCUUGAUAAGGACGUUCAAAGUGUUCUCCGAGCCUAGCCACAGAAGUAUCACAACACAUUACUUCAUUUACAGUAUGUUAGGACUGGACCCCCCCCCCCCCACACACACACACACACACAACACACUACAACAUACACACAGAUGUAAACCUCUUUAAAAAAUAAAUUAACUUUGAAUAGAUGCUUCAUGAAGACAAUUAUCAGUUUACUAUUCUGGAAAAUAUGUUUUCACCAAAUCCACGAACUUACUCUCGACUGUGUAUCACCUUCAACACUAAAGACACAUUCAAUAUAAAAAAAACAUGAAAUUCAUGAAAUAGAGUAUCCCUUCAAAAUUUAUUUCUUUCAGUCCAAUACCUAAAAAGAUAUGCCAUGUACACAAAUACAUGUAUAUAUUAAAUCUGUUAACUAACUAAACUUUACAUAUAUAUUGUCAUAUCUCUACAAAGAUACUUUCUAUUGAGAAGAAAAAAUAAUCACAAUUACACAAACCAAACAUGCACAACUACACUUUCAAGUUCAUUUUUACGGAAGAAUGUUUCAGAUCCAGUUGUAUUAUAUAUGGCAGGUU